AUGGUACAAGCCUUAGCUUUUCAUGGUGCUCUGAUUCACUCCCUUGGUCCUAACCAAGCGGAGAUCCUCGAAAACGCAGGUGUCGUCAUUGGAGAAGAUGGACUGAUCUCCGAGUUUUAUCCCAAUAUCUCUGCCGAAGAACUAUCGAAGAAGCUGCCUGACAACGUUCAUUUUCAAAAGGUUGCAAAGGGCCAAUUCUUAUCGCCAGGGUUCAUCGACACCCAUAACCAUGCCCCUCAAUGGGCCAUGCGUUCUCUUGGCCAGGGCCUCCACAUCCUCGACUGGCUCGAACAGAUUACUUUUCCGCACGAAGCACGCUUCUCGGACCCGAUAUACGCUGGGAAGGUUUAUAGGAGCUGCGUCAAGGGAUUCCUCAAGCAGGGAAUUACAACUGCGUCCUAUUAUGGAUCCAAACAUGCUGAAGCAACACAGAUCUUGGCAGAUACCUGCAAGAAUCUGCACCAACGGGCGUUCGUCGGAAAGUGCAACAUGGACCGCAAUGCACCGAGCUACCUUCACGAUGAGUCCGCUGAAUCAUCCUUGUUGGAAACUGUAGAAUGUAUAAAGCACAUCCGGCAAAUCGAUCCGACAGGGCAAUUAGUUCGACCUGUCUUGUCGCCACGCUUCGCCAUUUGCUGCACACCAGCCUUGCUGGCGGGAUUGGGCAAGAUGGCAAGCGAAGACCCAGAGUUGGCAAUUCAGACACACUUCAACGAAGCUGAGCAGGAGAUUAAGGUAACGAGGGAUCUAUUCCCAGAAUUCUCGAGUGAGGCCGACCUUUAUCAUCACUACGGUCUUCUCAGUCAACGGUCAAUUCUUGCGCAUUGCACAUUUAUGACCGAGUAUGAUAUGGAUAAGAUCCGAGAACACGGAUGCGGCGUUUCACACUGCCCAGUUUCAAACAUGACGGUUGGCGGGGGCUUCAUGGCUGCCUCAAUACGCCAGUUCUUGAACAGAGGCAUCAAAGUCGGCUUGGGCACCGACAGCGGGGGUGGCUUCUCCUCCAGCAUGCUCGACAGCAUCCGUCAAGCAAUCAUAGCCUCCAACGCCCGAGAGGUCAUCUCGAGCGGUAAGGACAAGGCGCUGUCUCUGGAUGAAGUGUUCUACCUGUCGACUUUGGGUGGUGCCAGCGUAUGUUGUCUCGAGGACAAGAUUGGCAACUUUGCUGUAGGCAAGGAGUUUGAUGCGAUAUGGGUGACCUGCCCGCUGGAUGACGAAUUCGGUGUGAUGACUGUGCGAGAGGAAGAAGAUAGUUUAAGGACGGUCUUCGAAAAGUUUCUCAUGACAGGAGAUGACCGCAACAUUGCUAGGGUCUACGUUCAGGGCAAGCUUGUCAAGGAUGAAUUGAAUGCAUGA